CUUAGCAUCUUCUUGGCUUUGAGGUUUGACCUUAGCAACAAACUUUGAAUUUAGCUUCACAUUUUUUCCAAAACUGGGAAAAAGUGAGCAGAUGGAUGAAUCAAUUAGCACAAAGUACAAAGAAAGCCUUCUGCAAGAUGAAAACUCCUCUUCAAGAACCAAAAGGAAACUACGAUUGAUAAUCUGUCUGGUAACUCUCUUCAGUCUCAUAAUUGUUGCAAUUAUCUGUGCUUCAAUAAUACUUAAACAAGAAACAGAGUCCAAAUCACUGUCGUUUAACCCAACAGACGCUAUUCGAAACGUCUGUGAUGUCAUCAGUGAUGAUCCAGACUCAUGUUUUGACUCCAUUGCUGCACUUUCAGAUGCGGUAAUCCCCUCCUUAUUAUGGUCGAAAAACAGAGAUAAAAUUAACCUAUCUCAGAUCUUCAUCCUUUCGCUUUACGCUUCACGGAUCGAGCUUGAGAAUGUCGCUUCUUCAAUUGAAAAAGCAAUUUCAGAGGAACAUAUGAUUGACACCAAGAGUGUUGGGGUAUUGAGAAAUUGCCAAGGAAUGGUCAAAUUCUCUCUGAAGCAACUCAAUGAAUCGGAAAUGAGUUUGGGUAUCGAUCCAGAUGAGAAAAUACUGGGGAUUAAUAAAGUUGUUUGGGAUUUACAGCGGUGGAUUGGCGAGGCCAUGGGUCAAGUACAGAGGUGCAUUGAUUUGCUGGAGGAUAUUCCGUCGACGACGGUGAGGGAGGAAAUAAGAAGGAAAAGCUAUGAAGCCCAGCAAAAGAUGAGGAAUAGCAGAGGAAUAUUGCAUAAAAUCGACGACAUUUUCGACCUGUUUUACCCGAGAAUUGGAUCAGCAUUAGGCUCUUUGUUUUGGGAAUUUGAAUAUGGGCUAAAUGUUUGGCUCUUUUGCUCUGGGUAUUUGCUCUUGAUUUUUCUUUUUUGCCGCUUGUUACGUGUAUAUUGAUUUAUCUCCAUUUAGUUGUGUAUUUUGUUGCUACAAAACUCGCCAUUUUCCUUUCCCUUUUUGGUUGGGCAAUUAGCAAAUUGCAGAAAACAAGUUCUUGUGUAAAAAUAUGUUCACAACUAGAUUACUAUAGUAAGCAAGUAUUCUGAAAGAUGUUGUCAUGGUAAACAAUGUCCAGGAGUGGUUA